UCGACUUCCGGUGCAACCUUCUUGCGGCGAUGGUGGUGUUUUUCUGCUUUUUUGGAGUGCAUGUUUCGCAUUUUUAAAGGAUCUAAUUUUUCUUUAACCUUGGAAUUCAUAUUGGAACAUUCAGCCGCAAAAUGACUGAGGACGUGCAGAAACACUCGGUGCACACGCUGGUGUUCAGGUCUCUGAAAAGAACCCACGACAUGUUUGUGGCUGAUCAGGCUAAGCCCGUCUCCAUAGAUGAAGAAAGUCACAAAAUCAAGAUGGCCGUCAAGUUGAAGGCUGAUUAUGGCCCAGUUUUACACAUGCCUGUUUUGAAGGAGAACAAGGAGCGGGUCCAUCAGAUGCCUGGGGGAGUCCCUACUGCUCAGGGAUAUGCACAGCCAGGUGAAGAAGCAGAGUACUUGAUCACCGGGACACACGCAUACCCCUCUGGACCAGGUGUGGCCCUGACCGCUGAGACCAAGCUGCACAGAAACCCCAGUGAGGCAGGAGUCCAGACAGUCGCUCUGGCUUUGCCACCUUCACAAGCCAGACAAGAGGCGAGUCGCACCGCAGCCAGUGUCGCAGAGAUCCAUCGACAUUAUGGAGGAGAGAGGUCUCACGCUGGCACUGUGGCUCUUUUAGAGGGAGGUGGAACAAGAAAUUCCUUGGUUAGAAGAGCUCCAACAAUGCCCAAACCACAGUGGCAUCCACCGUGGAAAUUGUUCAGGGUGAUAAGUGGACAUCUCGGUUGGGUCCGAUGUUUGGCUGUGGAGCCGGGGAAUCAGUGGUUUGUCACAGGCUCCGCCGACAGAACCAUAAAGAUUUGGGACUUGGCGAGCGGAAAGCUAAAGCUGUCCCUCACCGGUCACAUCAGCACAGUCAGAGGAGUGGCCGUGAGCACCCGCAGCCCCUAUCUCUUCUCAUGUGGGGAGGACAAGCAGGUCAAAUGUUGGGAUCUGGAGUAUAACAAGGUGAUCAGACAUUACCAUGGGCAUCUGAGUGCUGUGUAUGAUUUGGACCUCCAUCCAACCAUCGAUGUGCUGGUGACCUGCAGCAGAGACGCUUCAGCCAGGGUGUGGGACAUCCGGACCAAAGCAAAUGUGCACACACUGACUGGACACACCAACACAGUGGCCACAGUGCGGUGUCAGGCUGCAGAGCCCCAGGUCAUCACAGGGAGCCACGACUCCACCAUCAGACUGUGGGACCUGAUCGCUGGAAAAACCCGAGCCACUCUCACCAACCACAAGAAGUCUGUGCGAACGCUGGUCAUGCACCCCAGACAAUACACAUUUGCCUCUGGCUCUGCUGACAACAUCAAACAGUGGAUGUUCCCUGAUGGAAACUUCAUUCAGAACCUGUCGGGCCACAACGCCAUCAUCAACACCCUGGCCGUCAACUCUGAUGGAGUGCUUGUGUCUGGAGCUGACAACGGCACCAUCCACAUGUGGGACUGGAGGACGGGCUAUAACUUUCAGAGGAUCCACGCAGCGGUGCAGCCCGGGUCUCUGGACAGUGAGUCUGGGAUCUUCGCCUGUGUGUUCGACCACUCUGAGAGCCGCCUGAUCACAGCAGAGGCAGACAAAACCAUCAAAGUGUACAAGGAAGAUGACACAGCAACUGAAGACAGCCAUCCAGUCAAUUGGAAACCAGAAAUCCUCAAGAGAAAACGAUUCUGAUUUUUUUUUUUUUUUUUUUUUUUUUAAUACAUUUUAUUUCACCUUUCUUUUGUACUCUUGUCAUGUCAGUACAGUUUUUCAUUUCAUUACAUGAAUGGGGAAAGGUCUAUGCUACAUGAACUCAGUUUAGAAACCAUUUGCAGUCCUCAUUGUAAGACUCCCGUCCUACGAGACCACCAUCUUGGAUGGCUAGAAAUUGUCCGGAGUUUUUGUUUUUGAUGAUAACGGCUCUGUGUGUGCUGUGGUCUGACUGGUCCAUUAGAAGUAUCCAUUCUUCACACUUGGACUGACCAGACACAAGGAAAACCUGGUCUGAGAUGGGGUCAUGACCUGAAGGGGAAAAAAAACAAAAUAUGUCUAUUACUUGUACACAAACGUAAAUGAAUCCCUCUGGUUUAUUUUGUCACGUUGGCCCCUUAAUAAAAUCCAUUUUUCAUAAA